GGUUCCCCUGACGAUCGAGCGGCGGUUGAAACCGAUCAAUCCAAUCAGAGCCUUCGCUGGCAUUGUCCAAUGGAGCGGCUGUUUUGAUUUAACUAGCCCAAUGGGAGAGCGCGGUUUGCCGAGCGGUUUGGCGACUGGAGUUUAAAUCCAGCGGCGCGGUGGCGCAGCCAUUUUGUGUGGGAGCCAGCGGCGGACGAAAGUUUUUGUUGCUGAGAGUUUCCAGGAGGACGGAGAGUAACUGCUGAUUCGAUUCAAACCUAUGUUGGAAAAGGGGAAAUUGAUGCCAGAAAUCACUGGAUCUUUGUGGACUGCUUUCUUCGAGGUCAGCAGCAAAUGAUGCCACUUCACCACCCUCUGCUAAAUCCAGGCCAUUGAGUCACAGUAUCCAGUUACAUUGGGAAAGUUGCUUUUGUUGCAACUGAAGCUUAAUCUCAAAGAUGCAGAAGUUAUGAAGUGUGUUCAGAAUGUCUCAGUUUGUUUUUGAGAGUGACAUCAACAACCUCCUGAAAUUGGAUGCUCCCAUAACAAAUGGGCCACUAGCCAGGUGGCAGCGGAAAGCAAAGGAGAACAAUAGUGUUUCUGGGUCAAUGUCUACUUCAGCUAAUACCAGUGGUCUAUCGCCAAUGAAAACGACAAAUCGGUCACUGAAUGCAACCAAGGUGGUGACACCCAGCAAGACACCAGGGAAAACAAAAACUCCUAAAUCUUCUAAAUGUUCCCGAGUGCAAGGGACACCAUCAAAAGCAGGUGGUGAUCGUUACAUUCCAGUCCGUAAUGCAGCACAAAUGGAGGUGGCACAUUUCUUAAUCUCUAAAGAAAAUGAACAAGAAAAUGAAUCUCCAACAAAGAAAGAGCAACAGAAGACCUGGUCCUUAAACUUGAAUGGUUUUGAUGUUAAUCAAGCAAAAGUUCUACGUAUGAGUGGGAAACCCCUUUCUGCACCAGAAGGUUACCAGAAUAAUCUGAAAGUUCUGUACAGUCAGUCAACAACACCAAGUUCCACCAAGAAAUCUACACGGUAUAUUCCCUCAAUGCCAGAGAGAAUCCUGGAUGCUCCAGAGAUCAGAAAUGAUUACUAUUUGAAUUUGAUUGACUGGAGUUCACUGAACUACCUGGCUGUGGGACUUGGGAAUAAUGUGUAUCUCUGGCAUGCUGAAUCUGGCAACAUCCUACUACUAGUACAAUUGGAAGGUCAAGAAGACUACAUUGCUUCUGUAUCAUGGAUAAAAGAAGGGAACUAUCUGGCAGUUGGAACAAGGAAUGGAGAGGUUCAGGUUUGGGAUGUUGAGCGCCAGAAACGCCUAAGGAAUAUGGUGAGUCACACUGUACGAGUAGGAGCACUCAGCUGGAGCAGUUAUAUUCUAUCCAGUGGCUCCAGAACUGGUCAAAUCCACCAUCAUGAUGUUCGUGUGGCACAACAUCAUGUAUCUACUCUGACUGGACACACUCAGGAGGUCUGUGGCUUGAAGUGGUCACCUGAUGGGAGGCAUCUUGCUAGUGGUGGGAAUGACAAUAUUCUGAAUAUCUGGCCUGGUGUUCCUGGGAAUGAUGCAGAGUGUUCACCAUUGCACACAUUCACACAGCACCAGGGUGCUGUUAAGGCAGUUGCCUGGUGCCCUUGGCAAGCAAGUAUCCUUGCAAGUGGUGGUGGCACCAGUGAUCGGUUCAUUCGCCUUUGGAAUGCCAAUACUGGAUCUUGUUUGAAUUCUGUGGAUACUCGGUCUCAGGUUUGUUCCAUAGUCUGGUCAACAGAAUACAAAGAAAUGGUGUCUGGUCAUGGAUUUUCACAGAAUCAAUUGGUAAUCUGGAAGUACCCAAACUUGACCAAAGUUGCUGAGCUCAAAGGUCAUCAAGCUCGGGUAUUGGACCUUGCUCUGAGCCCAGAUGGAACUACAGUAUGUUCUGUGGGUGCAGAUGAAACUAUCCGUAUUUGGAAGUGCUUUGCUGUGGACCCAGCAAAAAAGAAAAAGGUGGUAGUCAAUCAAUCAAGUGUGCUGCACCAUGGCAUUCGAUGAAACACUUAUACAAUUUUUGCUAUGGCGGUGUGUACAAAAAGGAAGUUUCACUCAAAGGAGCCAAAACUCAUGUUUUAAGACACUGACUGGUAUUUUGUAAAAGUGUUACCAUUUCGGUUGGAAGAAAACUCAUGUUUAUCAAUAUUGCAUUAUCUCAAUCCUCUGACCACUUGUCCCCAAAUUCAGAGUUAUUUGCAUGUUGAACUGAUUUUGUUUUACAAGAAAUUUAAAACUUUGGGUGGUAUUUCUUGUACAUAAGUUUUUAAGUUUUAUAUAAACAACUCAAUGUUUUAAAACUGUAUAGAUUUUAAUUAUUUUUAAAUUUUUCAAUAAACUUGGAUGGUUUAUUCAAA